AUGAAUAAAGGAAACUUUCACUAUUACAUUAAAGUACGUACCGCACUUAAUAUUCCAGCAAGUGUUAUUUAUGAUGAACUGUAUCCUGUGCAUGGUGAUCAAGCUCCUUCUUAUAGAACAGUUAGAAGAUGGGCUCAAUGGUUUCGUGAAGGCCGGGAAGAAAUUGAAGAUGAAGCACGACCUGGCAGGCCUAUUACCGAAACAGCAUCUGAAAACAUUGAACAGAUCCGCCUUCUUAUUGAUGAUGUUCCUCACAUUACAAUAGAAGAAGUGCAAGAGCAAACUGGUUUAAGUCAUGGCACCCUUCAGCGAAUCAUCACCGAUCAUUUAAACCUUAAGAAGGCUGCCGCUCGUUAUAUACCCAAGGAUCUAACUGACUUUCAACGGGCUGAACGAGUUCGAAUAUGCAAACAAAAUUUAGCAAAACUUCAAGAAGGAACAUGGCGUUUAUGUGAUAUAAUAACUGGUGACGACUCGUGGUUUUAUCAUACACAAAUUGGUCGAAAGUCAUCAAAUGCUGCGUGGGUGAGAAGAGGAGAUUCUCCACCUACUGUAGUUCGACGCGAUAAGUUUGCUCCGAGAACCGUAUUUUCCAUCUUUUUUAAGUCGGAUGGCCCUGUUUUAAUUCAUCCUGUGGAACGAGGACAAACGAUUGAUCACGACUAUUACAUCAACAAUUGUUUACGUCCACUUGUCGAUGAAAUCAAACGUCAAAGACUCUCAUAUGGCACCAGUCGUAUUAAAAUUCACCACGAUAAUGGAGGAGAACAUAUUCAUGAAGAUGCGUCCAAAUAUCUUGAAUCAGAACGUCUUACAAUAAUACCACAUCCUCCUAAUUCUCCAGAUUUAUCACCAUGUGACUUUUGGUUGUUCGAUUUAAUUUAA